GAGGGGAGUAGGUCCGGGGGCUGGUCCCUGAAGAUGGCGGAGGCGGGGGUGACUUGGGGGUCUCCCUGUAGAGCGCAGGAUUUCUGGUAGGUUCCACCUUCAGGCAAGAUGUGGCACCAUUGAAAACAUUGGUCUGCUUCGAUUCACAGACAGUUCAUCUUUUCCACUGAGAAGCCUUGUUUUAUUUACGGCUUAGGCCUACUGAACUUAUGAGACCAUGUCGGAAGGAAAGCCCGAGUCACCUGGGCCCAUAAAGUGUGGCCCAUACAUUUCCUCUGUCACCAGCCAGAGUGUGAACGUGGUGAUCCGAGGGGUGGUGCUCUUCUUCAUUGGAGUGUUCCUCGCCUUAGUGUUGAACUUGCUCCAGAUUCAGAGAAACGUGACACUUUUUCCACCUGAUGUGGUCACGAGCAUCUUUUCAUCUGCAUGGUGGGUACCACCAUGCUGCGGCACAGCCUCAGCUGUGAUCGGGCUUUUGUACCCCUGCAUUGACAGGCAUCUAGGAGAACCACAUAAAUUCAAGAGAGAGUGGUCCAGUGUUAUGCGCUGCGUGGCGGUGUUCGUGGGCAUCAAUCAUGCCAGUGCUCACUGGUCUCAGAAAGUAGACUUUGACAACAACUUCCAGUUUUCCCUCACGCUGGCUGCGCUGUCGGUAGGACUGUGGUGGACUUUUGACAGAUCAAGAAGUGGUUUUGGCCUUGGUGUUGGAAUCGCUUUCUUAGCUACUGUUGUCACCCAACUGCUAGUCUACAAUGGUGUUUACCAAUACACAUCUCCAGAUUUUCUCUAUGUCCGUUCUUGGUUGCCAUGUAUAUUUUUUGCUGGAGGCAUAACAAUGGGAAACAUUGGUCGUCAACUGGCAAUGUAUGAAUGUAAAGUUAUUCCUGAAAAAUCUCAUCAAGAAUGAAGAAGGCAGAAUCUGUCUUUUCUCUAGGAAGCCAUGGGAAAGCAUUGUGUGUUUGCUAGACGCACCAGCGAAAUUUGGACUGUGAAAUUGCGAGGAUGCAGUUUUCCUGGAUUGGUGUGUGUGUGACACACACGUUUCUGCAGUCUGUGAUUGCUUCUGUAAAUCAGUUACCAACCUUUCGGUAUUUGAUUUCAAUAAAUGUAAGAUAUAUGUGCACUACAUGAAAGACAUGUUUAUGAGUACAUGAAAUUUCUAAAUUUUUUAGACAUACCAUGCGUUGUUUCACAAUGUUGACGUGCCAAACUACGCUGUUACUGUCACAGAGACUAAGAGUGCUUUGGACAAUUUAGAAAUUUAGUGAAACAGAAGAAGAAAGCUGAAAACAAACCAAACAGAAAGCGAAUGGGUAGCUGGUCUUCCCCUCUCGCUGACUGUCGUGCCUUCUGUUUCUCAUCAGCUGUGUGCAUUACGAGCUAGCUCCCAUGUGUGCUUUGUCUCUGUUGCUGUUGUGUCAGAGAGUUUAAACCCUAAAUAUGGUAACGGUGAACUUGCAUAGAAUGGUGUGAAACCCGCAUUGCUGCAGGAGUCCAAAGAAUACUGUUCUAUGUUGACAGACUUUACCAGGGGUGUGUGUGUGAUGUCAGGGGAGGUGAUCAGCAUUAACCUGCUUUGUGUCUAACUUUGGAAAAAGAUAAAUAGCUAAAACUUAGGGGAUUUGAUUAGAUAAAUGUGUUUGGGGAAUACUGUGUUGUUUUCUCUCUGCCACAGAAACCAAAGUGAUAUUAGCUAUUACUCGUUACUGAAGCUCACUGCUUUAGCACGUGAUGAUUAAGGAACACCAGGCAGAUCAACAUGAAGGUUCUGAAGGCAGGUAAUGCUGGUGGGACUGGGCCGUGUAUCAGCCUGGCUCUGGCAGGCCUGAGUCUGUUGCCUUCACAAGUGCAGUCUGAGGAUGGUGGAUGCAUAACUCUCUGAGUGCUGAUGUCUCCUGCUGAAUGGUCCCGUCCUUGGAGAAUAAGUUGAGAGAGUUCGUCACAGAGCUCCUGGCACAUCUCAUUAACAACUCCUGCCAUGUAUGGUUUAAGUAUAUCAGCUGACUUUCCACUUGCUUUCCUUCCUGGAGUUGUUAAUUUUCUGGAUACAAGCGUAAAUUCUUCAGAAUACUGUGGUGUGUGUGUGCUUAUGUGUUGAGUGUGUGAGAGAAAAUGUAUACAUGUGUCUGUGUGUGCAUGUGCCCAUGCUUUCCUACAGUGUCAAGUAGAUACUUUAAAGCUGUUUUCUUUCAAAGCAGUGCUGAAAUCUUGUACACCAGAGUGUAAUGUGCUUUGUGUUCUCAGGCUGAGAGUGCGAACAUCCCAAGAAUACUCCGUAUGGAAUAUGUGUACACAAGCCUAAUGGUGGGAGUGGCCAACACACUGCUAUCAUUUAUUAUUCUGUCUUUCAGAUGUUAUUCAUUUAGAUCAAAUAAGGUAUAUUUUUAGAAUCAAAUUUGUAAACUAUAAAAUCUUUAAUAAGUUAUAAGGUCUAUGAUAUGUUUACUUUGAACAUUGCUGUUGAAAGCAAGAUGUAUUAAAUAUGUAAUUAUCA